AUGUAAUAAGUAUAAAAAGAAGAGAUACCAUAUUUUAAGUACUGUUAAAAGUUAGGUGGUGUCCAACGAAAAGACAUCUAUGUUUCUCCAACCAAAGCCGCCACGUUUCUGCAUCUAAUUAAACAUAGAUGUGAUAAGGAUUCUGCAUUGAAGUUUGCGUAAAGAAGAAUUUGCAAGUGGGAUACCACUAUUAAACAAGAUGGACCUAGUAAUUGCAGAAUCUUAAAGCCCAAAGACAACAAAGAGAAAAGAAUACAUGGAUGGUAGAAUAUUGGAAUGGAGAUGUUCUACGAAAACAAAGAUACGGUUGCAGAUGUUAAUCAAUUGGAAUUAGAUUAGGAUAAUGAUGCAAUUUAGAAAGAAAUUGAAAAGAACGAAAUGAAACUAAAAAAUGACUUUAAGAAUAAAAUAGCCCAUCUGCAGCAAUUCUAUAGAGAACUAAAUUAAAAAUACAGUUUUAAUAGAAGUGAUCCUAAUUUCAAGGAAAAAAUUGUAAUGGCCAAAUUAGACCUAUUGCAUAAACGAAAUCAACCAAUAAAAUACAUUAAGACAAAAGGAAUGAAGUACAUAGAGUUAUAUAAUGAAGUCACUCAAAAUAAAAAAGGAAUUGGCAAUGGCUUAUUUAAUAAACUCCAUGUAUUCAAUUAACUAGGAACCGACGAUUGCAAAGUUAAAGAGAAAUUGCUGGGUGAACUCUAUAAACAUAAGAAAGAGAGUCAGAGUGUAAAUCAUAAAGUAUUACAACACGAUUUCCAUAUCUAUGAUAACAUAGAAGAAUAAAGUGAGUAGAUGCUUAAAAUUAUUGAUCAGAAUGAUGAUUUCUCCAUGACUUUAAGAAAACACGAACAUAAAUUGACUGUUUCUUAGAAAGCCAUUGCAUUUGCAGAAGACUUUAAUAGAACCAAAUAUCUGUUCAAUUAUUCAAGUAAGAACUAGAUCUAAAAGAUGUUUGAAAUACCUGAAAUACCUUAAAUUAAAAGCACUGAAUCUAUAAAAUUGAGGAAGCACUUUUCUUCUCUCUCAAGUUUUGAUGAUCAUUUUGAUCACUACCUCAAUUAGUAUGCACAUGAAGUUCUUGAGUAUUAACAAGAAAUGUAGGAUAAAGAGAUAUCUACAGAUAAUUUAUAAAAGAUGUUGUAAAAAAGGGAAAAUCUAAGACGUAGUUAAAUUAGGAAGGUUUCUAAGACUUCACAUAGUCAUCAACCUAGUAUUCACUUAGACUUUAGUAAGGUGAAAUGCUAACACCAAUCUUCAAGGGAUAAAGAAUCUACAAAAGCAGGAAACUCUUUCAAUAUAAAAUAACGAUCCUAUCUUGUUAGUCCAUUCAGUAAAUCAUGA